AUGCGAUCCCUACCGGCUCUUCUAGUUUAUCUUGCCGCGGUGCUACCUCCACAGGCCUCUGCCGAAUCGAGUUCACCAACAGCAAUUAGAAAGCUCGCGCCAAACCCCAACCACAAGCUCCUCCGUGAGCACCUCGCAUUCGCACCGCUACAUGUCCUCUCACCUCGUGAAGCUGCCGCCGCUGCGAUAUCGUUUCUCGACCAGCAAGAUGACGAGUUACUAGCCCACAAUGGCACUGAACGCUUAUACCGCCCAGCAUUCGCACCUCACAGCGAAGAGUCUCGGGAUACCCUGUUACGACGUGCUGCAGAGGUGCUGGCGUUAUUGGAGAGAAGGUCGUCUUGUCCUAAGGGGAUGAACAGCUGCUCCGAUAUCGACUCCGAGGUCAAGUGCUGUCAAGAGGGAACAUAUUGCGUGGACGUUGGCAGUGCCGUUCCAGGAGGCAUUGCCUGUUGUCCCGACGGUGCCUCAUGUGGUGGAGGUGUUGGCGCUUGUCCUGAUGGUGCUACGAGCUGUUCUGCGGACCUCGGCGGUGGUUGCUGUAUCCCGGGAUAUGUAUGUCAAGGCCUUGGCUGUGUGCCAAGUGCUGCUGCUACCCCGACGAAAACGACUGCGCAAACCACCCAGCAACCUACGAUAACCACAACUGCACAGGAAACAACUGCUGAAGAGGUUUCCACGACCGAGGAACCGACUGUCGAACCCACGACCGAAACAGAGACCGAGGUUGAGACAACUGCGGAGGAAGAGCCUACAACUGUCUCCGAAUCCGAGUCCGAGACUGAGACGGAGGCCAACAGUGUGACUGCAACUGCUACGGGCUCGGUCACCGGUAUUGCACCGUAUCGUCCAACCGGCACUUCCGUGACCUCAAGCGAAGACGGGGAUACCCAAACGGGCUGCCCUACAGGCUUCUACGGCUGCCUCGCAACUCACGGUGGAGGUUGUUGCCGAACCGGUAGAAACUGCGACACACACGAUUGUCCCGCUCCUGCGACGACAAUUGUCUCCAACGGAGCAACCGUCGUUGUCCUUGCCACAGAUGCGCCCCCUGCUCCAGGGCCUACAUCGACAUGUGGAAGUGGCUGGUUCCUCUGUGGUAAGAAUGCGGGCCCCGUUGCUGGAUGCUGUCCCGAUGGAUAUGACUGUGGAACGGCGAGUUGCUUCACCGUGCAGGCCAGUGAAACAGGUCGCAUACAGAAGGAGUUUCCUGAGGCUGACGCGGUCGGGCAUGAGAAGCCCGCGAUCAUGAUGGUCAUGAUCGCAGUGGCUUUUGUGUGCUGUGCGCUUGCAUGA